AUGUCUCAAAAACGUAUCCUCGUCAUAGCAGACUCUGAUAGUUCUGGUGUAAGCGGCCUCGAAGCCGAUCAGAAAGUCAUCGCCGCUCACGGAUGCUAUGCCGUCACCGCGACGACUGCUUUGACAGCGCAUGGUCCUGGGGACGUUCUUGAAACGUGUAGUCCAUCCGUGGCAUUUGUGAAGGCGGCGAUUGACGGCUGCUUCGAUGGUGGUGGGGUGGAGGUCGUCAAAAUUGGCUUUUUGGCUUCGGCAGAAAUUGUCCAGAUCGUAGUCGACGCUUUGAGACGCCAUGGCCCGAGAUUCGUGGUCGUCGAUCCCGUCGUGGUGUCUAUGAGCGGAACGCAGCUCCUGUCAGAUGAGGCAAGGCAGUACUGCUAUUGGAUAAGGCGGGAGCCCUUCACCAACCGGAUAUCCGCAAUCUGGACGACCUCACUCCGUCUUGCUAAAGCACUACAUAGUCUCGGACCGGAUUUUGUUUUGUUGAAAGGGGGCCAACUGCCUCUGACUGCGAAUCUCGACGUCCCGAAACACGACUCUGAUAAGCAGGUUAUUGUAGACGUUCUCUACGAUGGAACGGAUGUCAGCCUCAUCAAGACGGCAUAUGUCGGUGCGAGUCUUCCGCUGGGGGUUGAAUAUGCUUUUGCUUCUGCAAUCGCUUCGAAUCUCGUCCUCGGGGACGCCGUGCCGUUGGCCACUCGGAAGGCGUGCCGAUAUGUCGAGGCUGGGAUUAGCAAGGGAAAGGGCCUGAUCGACUACUUCCACUCUACAUAUACUCUUCCGUUCUCUCCGAGAUACUUCAUCGAAUACCUCCUGAACCGCGAGGAUGUGAAACCCGUGUGGCAUGCUCACGUCCACCAUGAUUUCGUGAAGCGCAUUGGCGAUGGGACGUUGCCCGUUGAGAAGUUCAAGGGGUAUCUCGCCCAGGAUUACCUAUUCCUGGUGCAAUUCGCAAGAGCCAAAGCUCUCAGCGCGUACAAGACGAAUUCGAUGGAAGACAUUGCUGCGGGCGCAGAAGAAAUCCUCCAUAUCCAACGCGAAAUGUCCCUCCACCUAGACUACUGCGCCGAAUUCGGACUCUCGAAGAAAGAGGUUGAGAAACAGGAAGAACAUCAAGCUUGCACAGCCUACACCCGCUACGUCCUCGACAUAGCGCACUCCGAAAGCUGGUUCGCGCUACAAAUGGCUUUCGCGCCUUGCCUUCUGGGCUACGGCAUCAUCGCAAGAAGGUUGUGGGACGACCCGGAAACCGUGAAAGAGCAGGGCAAUCGGUACUGGAAGUGGAUACAGAAUUAUGUGGCGGAUGACUAUCGGGCGGCGGUUGAAGCAGGGGAAGCGAUAUUGGAACAGCAUGCCUCGCUGCAGUCACCGAGCCAGAUUGAGUCGCUGGUGAAGAUAUUCAUACAUGCUACUAAGAUGGAGACGGGCUUCUGGGACAUGGGUAACGAGUAG